AUGGGGGACGAGUCCCGGCAGGAUUCGUUCAACUCUUAUAUCCCCAUAUGGGACGGCAAUGCGGGGUCGAUGCGCAAGUUCAAGAAAUCCGUGACGUUGUGGCUGGCAGGCCUGGACUUGGAACGCACGGCGUCGUACAACUUAGCCGCCCGUUUUCUUCUUCGGCAGACCGGCGCCGCAAGGGCGCGUGGUGAGGAGGAAGAUAUAGAUACGUUGGCCCACCGACCGGCGGUGGCUGACGUUGUGGGGACGGAGAUCCAGGCUGCCGACUACACGCACGGUGUGUGGCACCUGGUGAGGUGUUUCGAGGAGCUGUGUGGGAAGACAGCUUCCGAAAAGCGAGGAGAGCUCCGGCAGAAGCUCUAUGUGAGCUUGCGCCGCGGUCCCAGUGAGCCGGUCACGAACUUUGCGUCGACCUGGAGAACACUGGUAGCCGAAUGCAUUGCCGAAGGCAUUCCGGUGACCCCUGUCGAGUCUGGAUGGCUCUUCAAGGAGAGGCUUGCCCUUACGGAAAUGCAGCGGCAGCUGCUGGAGACCGCCACCGGCGAGGAACCGGAGUUCGCCGUGGUGGAAAGAGAGGUGCUGCGACUCUUUCGAAGGGUGCACCUCACACAAAUUGAGGCGGCCGGUGGAAGCCACCUUCGCUCCUGGCGCCAGGCCUUUGUGACCGAGGAACACUACGAGGACGAGACGGAGGAGUAUGAAGACGAGCCUGAAGGAGAGACUGAAGCGUACGAGACAGCAGCUGAGGAAGAGGACGGCGGUGAAGCAGCCGCCGACGAGCUCGAGACCGAGCUAGAGGCGAUGGCCGCAGCACUGGAUGAAGGAGACGACCUGCCGCCAGAGGUGGCGGAAGAAGCGGCCGCGCAUCUGGAGAAUGCGGGGGAAGCUUUGGUGACCCUGCGGGAAGCAAGGCGGCAGAUUGCCGCCAUCCGCAAGGACCGUGGGUACAAAGUGGACGUGGAACCGCGCCCGGGAAGGGCGCCGGCAGAGGAGUGUGCCACAACUGUGGUCAAGCAGGCCACUGGUCGAGAGAAUGCCAAGGCAAAAGGGGGUGGCGGCAGAGGCCGUGGCAGGCCACAGCAGCCAAGCGGCAGCCAGAGCCCUGGCAAGCCGAGCCCAAGCAAAGGUGGCCGCUCUCCCAAGCACGUCCACUACACGGAGACUGAAGCCAACGUGGUGGACUUCAUGGACCAUGGGACCAGCGUAGAAGUGGAUGAGUUUGAGGUGAUGAUGACGCUGGCGGAGGCACUUGAGGUGUCGAGCCUCCCGAAGAGGGGCUCCCCAGCCACGUUGCUGGGCGCCAUGGACUCGGCGUGCAACCGGACCUGUGCCGGACCGGAGUGGAUCAAGCAAGCUUUGGCCUCCGGAGUACCUCAGCUUGGACAUGUGAUGCUGCUCUGGGUUUCGGACGUGCCAAACCCGAAGCUUGGUUGUCUGGUGGGCCGAGACUGCAUGGAGGCACUGGACUUCGAGGACCACACGGCCCGGUUCAAGACCUUGGGUCUGGGACCCCUGAGGCUGCCCCAGCUGAGGGCUGGACACCUGGGUCUCCCUCUUUUCCCGAAGGCAGGUUGGCCAGCGGUCGGAGGCCUUCGCUCCUUUAAACCGCUAGGCAGAAACGGUGUGGUCGAGCUACAGCUCGGCUUCGGAGCGUGGAUGCGUCUGCGCACAAAGGCGGCUUGGCAGCUGAUGCUUACGGUGUCUGAGUCGUUUGUGUCAGAGCAAGCGGUGGUUGACUCGAGGGCUGCACUCACGUCGACGAGCGUCUCAGUGAGCAAGCCUACCUCCAAACCCGCAGCCGUUUUGCUCGAGUCCGUCGGAAAAUGGCGAAGAAUGGUGGUGCGUUUGCGCGAGCGUUUGGCCUGGCACUGGCAGGGCUUACUGCUGUGGCUGGUGCGCAUGCCUCAGCUGCGCUUCGCCCCCUUCCCGUGGAAGUCGGUAACCGGCCCGAAGGAAUGGCAAGAACAGUCCGAGGGCAUGGUGCGACGAGGAGCGUGGCCACGGCGCUGGUACACCCGCGCUGUGGAGAACCGCGUGUUCUCAGGAGUGAACCUCGGCCACUCGGUGAGCCUGAGGAACAAGUGCGGUUUGGCGUUCGCAUUCCUCGAGGUUGCAGCGAAUGCAGCUGGAGGAAGCCAAGAAGGCACAAAGCGAAGUGAAGGAGGUGCGCGAGGAGCGCAUGCGGGCGCUGUUGGGGCCAAGGGGAGGCCGCGCCUGCGAGCCGAGCUGCUCGAGCUGGCGGUGCUGUUGCGGGUGGACAUCGAGGAGAAGGACACCGUGGAAACGAUCCGCAAAAAGCUGACGCCGGUGGCCCGCGCAAUCGCGCUGCCGCCUCCACCGUCACAGGCCAGCUCAAGCUCGGAAUCGGAAGUACUGCGGCCAAAAGCUCCCUCCAGAACCGCAGGACCGAUGGGGACGGGUUCGGACUUCGUCCCACCAACCCGCCUGGCCGUUUUAUCCAUGGAGGAGGAGACGGUGCCAUCGGACGACAGCUUCAGGAUGAUCACGUCGGAGGAGCUGGCAGCAGCUGAUUCGGAAGUCGCUGCUCAUUUUGAGCGGCGUGGGCACGGAACCCGUGCUUACUGUCCGGAUGCCUACGGCCACGUCGGCGUAUUCCGUGCCAAACGCGGCGCGGUGGACCGUCAAGCGCUCGAGAACUGGAUGGUUGGUGCUGCCAGUCUGCGAGCGGAGGACCGGCCGGUUGUACUUUGUCUGGUUGGCCCGGCGCGCACCUGGCGCAAGGCGGUGCAACCAUGGCUCGGGCCAGACCUGGGUCUGGAAGCCGUUGGUACAGCAGCUCUUGUCCUUAGCAACCUGCCGGCCGUCCUGGAUAGUGCCCGCGACGGGCGCUAUGCCACCUUCUGGCACCUUCGACGUGCCCUCCCGCGACUUUUCGAGCGACGUUUCGACUCCUUUCACUCUACCCUGGCCGUCGACCAACAAAACAAUUUAGAUGGGGGUGAGAGUCGUGCGUUCGAAAACUCGCCGGAUACUGCAGGGGAACCGCCUGCUGGAGGCCUACCGUUUCCCUUUCGUGCGGUCGAAAACUCACCGGACACAGCAGGGGAACCGCUGGAAGGUCAGGAAGAGCAGGAAGAAAUGAACGCCCUGGUCAAGGACGCGCCUAAGCCGACGAAGGAGAUCGUGCAGGCCGUGGCAAAGCUUCACCGGAACACGGGAGGCACGGCCGAAGACGCGGAUGCCCGCGAGCCUUCCAAGGGCUUCGCACUUUGGAGACCGGGUGCAUGGUCGGUGCCCGGUGCCACUCUUGCAGAGUGGACGCGGAUCUUCGGAGCGCCCAAGACGCUGGUGGUGGAUAUGGGACCGGAGUUCGUGUUUGAGUCCUUCCAGGACCUCUGUGACUUCUACGACACGGUUCUACACCAUAUACCGGUCGAGGCGCCUUGGAGAAACGGCGUGGCCGAGCGAGCAGGAGCUUCUACUAAGGCGGUGCUUCAGAGGCUGGUGAAGGAGUACCUGCCGGUGACUGAGGGUGAUGUGUCUCAGGUUGUGACCGCCGCGGCGGGCGCAUACAAUGACGACAUCAACGACUCGGGCUACUCGCCUUCCCAGGCAGUCUUUGGACGACAGCCCAAGGGCUUCGCAGACUGCUUAGCCCCGGGUCUGGCCCAGACGGCGCUGACAAACGCGAUGAGCAAGGCCUUGCUGGCCCGCUCAAGAGCCCCACACCCUGAGCACUACAAUGCGGGUGACGUGGUGUACUUUUACCGGCGACAGAAGUCGAAGCCUGGAAAGAAGCUGCAGCUGAAGGCUUGGCAUGGGCCAGCCUUGGUCGUGGCCAUGGAAGGGCUGGCGGCCACUGACUGGGCCCCUGCCCUGCAGGACCGUUCGAGAAGGCCCUCGUUGUCGUCACUGGCGCCGUGGGAAAAGGAGUCGCACAGUGUCUACCGAAAGCGCUCCCACGAGUCUGUGACGGCGGGCGAGAGUUCGGAGCGACCCGCUUCGAAAGCCAAACCCCUCGGGGAGCCUGUGGUGGGCGAACCGAUGGAUGGUACAUCCGAGGCCUUGGGCCUACGUGAAGCUGUGGAAAGCGCGGCGCCCAGUGCGUCGGAACUGGUUCCCAUACCAGAGGAAACCGCGGGAGAGAGCCCGGAAGCCCAGAGCUCUCUUGUGGACGAGUCGACCUCGGCUCCUGUGAGCCCCUUUGUCCCGCUCCAGAUGCCCGAUGGACGCUCGGUGGACGUCUUGGUGACUGAGGAGGAUAAGGACCACCCUUUGGUGAGGCUCAUGGAACAAGUGGCGGAGGACCGCCACACUGGGUAUGAGGAAACACGCUGUGGCACGUGGGACGGACGCUGGCCCACACCCAGCGAGGUCCAGAGGAAGCGGCUACAAGCCACCGGGGAUCUCAUGACCCUUCCGGUGGAGAGUGAGGCCUGCCUCGCUUCUGCGGGGAAGGAGAUCACCUGGAGCCGCCUGGACGUCAAGACCAAGGACGCUUUUCAAAAGGCAGCUGACGAGCAGUGGCAGAAGUGGACAGAAAACGGCUCGGUGCAGGAACUGAGUGUGGAGGAAAGCCGCCGUGUGCAGGCGGACCUCAAGCGGAGUGGGAAGUCCGGCGACUUGCUCACGCCUCGGUGGGUUCUGACAGACAAGAACGACACGGCGCACCUUGAGGGACGGCUGAGAACAGAUGCCCCCACCGCCUCGAGGAUCGCGAUCCUGCUCUUGUGCGCGGAGCUGGUGUCGGCGGACGUCAGAGCUGCCUUUCUCAAAGGCGAUGCUUACAUGGCGGGAUCCCGCACUUUGUACAUGCAGCAACCAGACCGGCGGAAGGGUCCCUCUCUGCCAGGCGUGCGGUUCGGUGUGAUCUUCCGCGUCCUGAAGGGAGUCUUUGGACUCGCGGAUGCGCCACGGCAAUGGUAUCUGCGUCUGUGUCGCACUCUUCAGGAGCAUGGAUGGGUCAAGAGUGCACUUGAUGGUGCUCUCUUUUAUCUUCGUGCCCCCUCUGGCGAGCUCUUGGCUCUGAUGGUGGUGCACGUGGAUGACCUGCUCUUUGCCGGGUGCAAAGCGGCACUGGAGAUCCUCCGAAAGAUCGGGAAGGAACUGGGAUUCGGUGCGCUCUCGCACUCGGAUUUCCAGUACUGUGGACGCCGAAUCCGGCGCCUCCCGAAUGGCCACGUGGAAAUCAGCAUGGUUGAGUAUCACGAGAACCUCCACGUGCCCGUUGUCUCACGCGCCGACCGCAAGGACUUGGAGCGAGCGCUCAGUCCCAGCGAGGUCCGACGGCUGAGGACCGUCGUAGGCAGCCUGCAGUGGUUAGUCAGCCAACUGCGCUUCGACCACGGCUUCGCCUUGAGUUCUUUACAGAGCGAGCAGCCGCCCACCGUGGGAACCUUACUGAAGGCGGCGCAGCUUGCCCGGGAGCUCAAGAACGACGCCCACUUUACCCUUACGUACCGCCCGGUCGAUGUGUGGAAAGGUGGACUAGUGACUGUAUCGGAUGCAGCGCUGGGAAACGUGAAUGCCGAGUUGGUGAAGGGCCGCCGUGGGGUGUUCAACCUCAUCGACUUUCGGUCGCACAAGAUCGCCCGGGUCUGCCGUUCGUCUUACGCGGCGGAAACCUUGGGAGUCGAAGAAGCGCUCGACUCAGGGGAACUGUGUCGCGCGUUCCUCGCGGAAGUCCGAGGAGCGUCCCUCCUGCGGGACCGUCGGUCCGUCUACAGCGUGCCGUUGGUGGCAGUCACCGAUGCCAAAGACGUGCAUGAUCGCUGUGGCAACGACCUUGGCUUUGGCGCCCAAAAGAGUUUGGUACUGACGUUGGCUUCGCUUCGUCAACAGCUCAGGGAGCCGAAUACGGCCAUGAGAUGGACCCACACCGACAACUUGUUUGUCGAUGGAGGUACGAAAGAGAUGGAUUCCGGAGCUCUGCGUACUGUGCUGUCCCGUGGGACGUGGAGUAUAGAGCACGAACCGGAGUUCGUCAAGUCCAAGAAGGGCAAAAAGAAGCCGGCUCCAACGACGGAGAGCGUGGACCAGGCCCUGCCUGGAGAGCCUCUGCCAGACGGCGACCUGAAGAACUACGUCACCAGGCUAGCCCGGCAACCCGGCUGGCACUCGGAAGAUGGCGUCUUGGUACAGGUGGCUGAAGGAGCUAAAAGCUUCAGAUGCCCGGAGCCCCGAGCCUCAAGGCUUGCGAAGCCUCUCCGGACUACGAUCGGCCUCUUCGAAGUCGGCAAGGGACAGAUGCAGUGGCGUAUCCUCGAGCUUGAUGCCUUGUACAGUGAGGAGCCACAGCCUAAUGGCAAGCUACCCCGGCCUUCCGUGACUUUGGUCACCUUCUUUCAGGGCACCUUUGGGCAACCAAAAACUUUAGACCUGUGUGAAGACUGA